AUGGCAAGCUCUGAUUUGCCUUUUCCAAAUAAUGUUAGAGUAGAUAAUGGCUCCUUUUUUGGAAAUGCUCGAUUUGGACGUCGAAAAAGGAUGAUUCUUAUCUUAUUACUUGUUGCUAUUUUUUUCUUUUUAUGGUUUAAUAUUGACUUGGGUCGUUCUAAUGAUAAUUCCAUUAAUAUUUAUGUUCCCGAUGAUGCUACAGGUCUCAAUCCUGAAAACCAGAGAAUAAAAAAUGAUGUUGAUAAUUUAUCUAAUCCUAUUGUCAUCGAGGAAGAAGAAGAAGAAGCAGAAGAAGCAGAAGCAGAUGAAGAGCAGACUUUAAAGGAGGAGAUUGAAUUUGAACAAUCAGUUGAGAAGACUCUGUCGAAAUCAACUACAAUACAAAUGCAACCACAACAUUUUAAGUAUUUUAUCAUAAUCGCUUCAAGGGCCUCACAUUCAAGUCGACGUCAAUUAAUUCGUAAUACUUAUUUUGGAUUGAACGAUAAUAUUGAACCUUGUAUGAAACGAGAUAAAGGUAUAAAUUAUAUGUUUUGGAUUUAUGGCGAUGAACCAGCUAGUAAGACACCUGAAAGUCGUUUAUAUGAAACUGAGAAAAUGGAAUGGAAUGAUUUAGAAAAAGUAAACGAUACAAAAUCUUUCCAACAAGAUGAUAUUUUAAAAUGGGUGGAAAGCACCUUAGUGAAUGAACGUGGCGUUACUUAUGAUUAUUUAAUUAUUCAAGAUAGUUAUUCCUUAAUACAAUUCAACUAUAUUCAGCAGCAAAUUCAAUCUGAAGUAGGAAAGAUGUGGGAGAAGGAAAAGACGGCGACUGAUCUUGUUUGGGUCUCCCCCAAGAAUCUACAAUUCCUUGUAGCAGGUUCAGAUGCAGUUAAGAAACUUAUGGCACGUCAAACUGAAUUUGAAAAUAUCACUCCUGAAAAUCUAGAUUCCACUCUCAUGAUUAACUAUCAUGAGUUUUAUCGAUCUAUUCAAAUUCAACUUAAUUUCGUUACAGAUCCAAAGGAGAUAGAACAACUUAAAUCUCUCACAUCGGAGGCACCGGUAUUUAUUUCGGCAGAGGGUCGGUUUCAAACAUGGGAUAAUCAUGUCGAAUCUAUUCCAGAUAUGACAAUCACAGUCUCAAAUAUUUAUCAAGAUGCUGAUUUUAUCUCUAUUGCUAAAGUGUUAAACAUCGGUACCACUUUGAUCUGCAAACCUUUAGAAAAGGCAAUUAUUGCUGUCAUUACCUCUUCUUUUAUUUAUCCUGAUAGUUGUAUGGAGCCUUCUGCUGCACUUGCAGCCAAUAAUAAACGACAGUAUGCACUUUCACAUAAUUAUGCCUUUGUUGCUCGUUCAAAUGAGUUUGCUCAACAAGCAUUGCGUUCUCCAAAGAGACGUACUGUAUGGGGUAAGAUAGAUGCUGUGCAAAAAGUAUUGCCGAGAUAUGAUUGGUUAUUCUGGAUGGAUAUGGAUGCUGUCAUCAUGAAUCCCAAUCAAACUAUACAUGGUAUCUUGGAUGAUUUAAGAGUCAAAUAUCCCAAGGGACCUCGUGGAUUUGAAGAAGAAAUUGAUUUGGUGAUCGCAAAGCCUACAAGAGAUAAAAUGAUUAAUGCAGGUGUCUUUCUUUUACGUAAUACAGCUUGGGCACAAAAAUUUUUAAAUGCUGUUCAAGAAUCAAAGGAGUGGUAUAAUAAGGGCCCAUCUUACGAACAGGGUGCUAUGUGGGAUUUAAUUCAAUUACCUGGUUACAAGGAACACGUGCUUUUACUUGAUAAUGACGAUCAUACCUUUAAUACCCUUCCUUCUCGCUAUGUCUCUGGUGAUUUUAUUGUUCAUUAUGCCCCAGAUAAAUGUCCAAGCCCUGCUGUACUGAAUGGUCUCGAAAUAGCAGAAAGAAUUCAACAAGGUGAAGAUAUCACUUCUCUUAAGGAUGAUAUGUAA